AUGACCCAUAGGCUCAAGGGAUACUUCCGCGGCGAGGAAGUGGAGCUCCGGCCAGAAGACCACGAGGCCCUUCGCAAAGCGGAGGCCAACCCCGAGUCCAGUAUCGCCAAAGCGCUGGAACUACUGGGCAAACCACCAGCCCCAACCAAGCAGCCGCCGUCGUUCACGGAGAUCAUCCGGAGCAUCGGCCCCCCACCGUAUAUCGCGCCGUAUAAGGAGGAAGACACCACAGACCGGCCCGCGGUCGUGCCCACGGCCCCGCAACCCCUGCCGCAGGCGAGCGGUGACUCAGUCGCCGCCCCAACGCACUCCGAGGCCCUCAAGCCCAGGACCCCGACCGCCGCCACAACACACACCAGCAGCCCCGCGUCCGCCGCAGCGCCUGCUGUGGCAAACGGACAGCAGGCCGCACCCCCCGCGGCCCCCAGCACCCGCAGAACACGCAAGCCGAGCGCUGGCCCCCGCAAGGGCGCCAAACGCGCUCCUACUUGCUCCAAGGCGCCCCCACAGGGCACCAUGGAACCCGCCAACCCAGCGCCCACCGCAGUCUCCCCGACCGGCCCCGGACCACCAGCCGGCCACUGCCCCCGCCGGCAGUCCGCCGCGCCGCUACACGCGCGCCCGCCGGACGAACGCCGCCACCGCUGCCAGCCCUCACGAGCCGACAGCCCAGGACGACGAGCAGGGUACCUCGUCGCCCCCGACAACCCACGCAAGCCUAGAGGACACCAGCCACCCCACAAGGACGACGGAAAUGGAGCACCCGUCGCCCCCACUACGCCGCUGACAGGCCACCUGCCAGCCGCAGACUGGCCACCAACACCAACGGCGGCCAGUACAAGAAGCCACGCCUAG